ACUAAAGUUAGUUAUCCGAUUGCAGUCUUGAGUUUAACAACCAUCUCAUCAAAUAAAAUAAAAUUACUUUAAAUAUCUUAGAAUCAUGGAACGUUGGAAUAAUUGUGUUGCUGUUGUAACUGGUGCAAGUUGUGGUAUUGGCGAAGCUUGUGCAAAUAAAUUAGCUAGAGCGGGACUAAGGGUUGUUGCUUUAGCUCGUCGAGUUGAUCGUAUUUUGGAAAAUCGUUUAAAAUUGCCAGAAGAUUGUCAAGAAAGAUAUUUUCCACGAAAAUGUGACAUAACAAAUGAAGAUGAAGUCAAGGAAACUUUCAAGUGGAUUGAAGAAAUUCUGGGUGGUACUGAUAUUUUAAUUAAUAAUGCUGGAUGUCUUCGAGAGGGAAACAUUUUGGAAAUGGAUUCAAGUCUUAUCGAUGAAGUCUUACAUACAAAUGUGAAAGGUUUAAUUUACUGCUCUCAGGCAGCAUUUCGAAGCAUGAAGGAAAGAAAUUUUAAUGGACAUUUGGUGCAUAUAAAUAGCGUUUGUGGUUCGCAAGUUAUCUGUUCAGGACUGGGAACGCCUAGUUUUAAUAUUUAUCCACCGUCAAAGUUUGCUGUUACAGCUCUCAAUGAAAUUAUUCGUCAGGAAUUGAAUAAUUUUGGAACAAAAAUCAAGACAACUAGCAUUCAUCCAGGAUUAGUGCAAACUGAGAUCUUUCCACCUGAGAAAUUCAAAGAAAUUGGAGAAGCCAUCUUGUCACCAGACGAUGUUGCUGACACAGUAAUGUAUGUUAUUUCAACACCACCAAGUGUGUUGAUUAAGGACUUGACUGUUAAAGCAGUUGGAGAAGUAUUUUAAUUGAAAAGUGUCAAUAUUUUUACUAUAAUUACCAAAAUAAUUUUCGCAUUAAAACAAAAAUAAAAAAUAAUAAAUUACACUACUUUGCAAAAAAAUAAAAAAAUUUGUACACCAAGUGCCAGUACCGUUAUACAUUUCAAUAUAGAUUUAAGCCCAAAGAACUCGAAAA